CGAGUUUAUGGCACUCGUACACUGGACUACAUGCAAGGAGUAUCACUUUUAUUAGCUAACACUACAGGAUUGUCAUUGUGUCUGGUGUCCGGGUCUAUCUAGUACAAGAUAUACCGUACUAUAUACGGUGUGUACCACUGUGUCUGGAUAUAUUAUAUUUCUGGAGUAUUAUCGCCUAGGAAGACAUCUCAUUGGAUAAAGAUGUGCAUGCAACAAGAUGUCAACACUUUUUGUUACAUCUUCGCUUUUAUUCAGUGUUUUUAGUGUAUGUUCUGCUGUAAUUGUCACUGUAUCUGUUGAUGGACAUGCUUUUGAAGGCCAGGGAACACGAUUAGUUUGUACUUUAAAAAGAAAUAAUUCUUCAAAUACUAAUAUUCCAAGAAUUACAUGGGAAAAGAUUGUCAACGGCUCACCUACCACAAUAGUGCAGUACCAGAGUUCAGCUACUUAUGUCAAUCCGACUUAUAAUGAUAGAUUUAGUGUUGUAAAAAAUGACCCUCAACACACUCUUGUUAUUGAUAACACAAACAGAACUGAUGAUGGCACAUAUAAAUGCGAUGUUGCUCUGAUUGAUGAUGUACCUUCAGACGCAUCUGAUGAUGUCACAAUAAGUGUUGCAUAUCUUUCAUAUCCAACACUAGUUACUGAAAGUAUGACAUUGAAUGAGGGUGAUACUGCCACUUUUACAUGUGUAUCAGGAGAAGGAAACCCAGAACCCAGAGUCACAUGGUUGAAAGAUGACAAAAUUCUUAACGUUCCAUUUGAAACAUCAUUGGUGCUAAAUGUUGUGACUAAAAGUGAUGAGGGAAAUUAUACAUGCAGAGCUGAAAAUGAUGUAUUAACUGGAACUAAUGGAAAAAUUAGCAGAGAGACUGCAACACUAACAGUAAUAAGUGUUGACUAUUGCAUUUCCAGUCCAUGUGAAAAUGAAGGGAAUUGUAUACCUUCUUAUUCUGACUUUACAUGUGAAUGUAAACCAGGCUACAGUGGGAGAUAUUGUGAAAAUGAUUAUUCUGGUGCAGCCUGUUCUAGUAGUACAGGUUUGACAAUUGGUAUGUUCUUUGUGGGCAUCAUUGUUGGAGCCUUCGGAGUAAUUGGUGGAUUGAUUAGCUACACUAGGAUUAAACAGGUUUGUCAGAUACCAAAACAAAUUUCAGUAGUAUGA